AUGAUUCCGUCAACCGAUUUAUCACCUAUAUCGUCAUCUGAAUCAACACCAAAUAAUUCAAGUCAACCACUAUCAUCAUCAGGGAUCCCAGUACCUCAUCAUUCAUCAUCUUCAUUGUCGUCUUCAUCAUCCAUGACUUCCAAUAAAAAGAAAUCAACUAGAAGAUCUGUAGCUUGUAAAAGUUGUCAUAGUUUGAAAGUUAAAUGUACACCAGCUGAUCCUCAAAAUCCAGGUGGUACAUGUAUUCGAUGUCAGAAUGCAAAUAGAAAAUGUGAAAUUGAUUUGAAUCAAACUAGAAAAAGAAGAAAAGCUUCUGAUUUAUUAUCUUCAACUUUAAGUAAAGAGAAUAUAACUAUAAAUAGCAAUGAUGAAACAUCUAAUAUUUCAACUAUUACAAAUACAAAAGUCAAUUCGCCUACUUUUAAUAAUGACAAUAACAAUGCAAGUUUAAGAAAACAAAUCAAAUUAUUAGAAGCUCAGGUGAAAUCUCAACAACAAGAAUUACAACAUCAUCAUCAUCAUCAUCAACCACAACCAAUUAGACAUAAUACAAGUAGUGAUAGCAUAUCUGAUGCUGGAUCACCUCCAUUCAUUUCUAAAAUUGAUUUAGAAAGAGAAAUCAACGUACUAUGUGAUAAUGCAUCAGUAUCGAAAUUAACUGAUUUAACCGAUAAUUUAAAAAUCAUUAAUGGGAAGAGAACUCAAUUAUUAAAUGAUAAUAGAGUAAUAGAUGUUCUUACCUUGGGUAUUUUAACCCUUGAAGAAGCUGAAGAAAGAUUACAAAUCUAUAGAUCGAAAAUUUAUGAUAUUCAUCAAUUAAUUGAAAUUCCUCAACAUGUUACAGCUCAUGAAUUAAGUAAACAUCAACCAUUUUUAUUCAAUGCUAUAAUGUCAAUCACAAAUACUGUUUAUCAAAAGGAGAUACCCUUAGAUAAAGCUUUAAAGAUUGAUAAUGCAGCUUUCCAAACCAUUUCUACUGAAGUUAUGGUGGCAGGAACUAAAUCGGAUGAAUUAGUUAAAGCAUUAUUAUUAUUAUGUAUUUGGUAUAAUAGUCCUGAAUUAUUCAGACAAAGAAGAUAUCAUUUAUUAAUCAGCAUAGGAGUUACCAUGUUGCAUGAUUUAGGUAUUGUGGCUAAACCUUAUAAUAGUUUUAAAACUAGUGAAGCUGGAGUUUCAGUAACGGAUAAUUCAAAUAAUAAGAAACUGACUCCUCAUUAUCAAAGUCUUGUAUUAAUAACUUAUUUCACAGCUGUUAGUAUUUGUCUUAUAUUGAAAAGAACCAUUUAUGUGAAAUGGACUCCAUAUGUCGAAGAAUGUUGUUCAAGUUUGGAGAAUCAACCAGAAGCAAGAUGGACUGAAUUAGCUUUAUUUGCUAGAUUAACGCAUACUUUAGAUAAAAUUCAUCAUGUAGUUCAUGCUCCUGAAAUUGCCGAACGGAAAAUCUCAACUUCACAAUAUAUCAUUCAUGAAUUUCAAAAGAAUUUAUCAUUAAUAAGAUCGAAUAUUAAACCUGAAGAUCAUGCCACUAUGGCAUUUUAUUAUUCAGUUGAAGCUUAUCUACAUGAACCUUGUUUAUCGAAUAUUUUCGUGGCGGAUGCUGAACCGGAUAAUACAAAAUUAACUGAAACUUCAGCUAAAUCAAUUUCAAAUUGUACAAAUAGUUGUUUGAAUGCUUUAGAUGAAUUUAAUCAUUUAACCCCUGAACAAGUUGCUUCUAUUCCAUUAUUUUAUGGUUCAAGAAUUAUUUAUACUGCUGGUAUGUUAUUAAGAUUAAGAUAUCUUAUUUUAUCGUUACCAUCUCAUAUUGAAAAGGAUUUAGUUCCAUAUCAUGCUAUAAAUGCCAUUCAAAAAGCUAAUAGAUUAUUAGAUGAAACCAGUAAACUUCAUACCGUGAAUCAUUUCUUAAAAAAGACAAGAUUAGUCUUACAAUUAUUUAUUCAAACUUAUGCUACUCAAGUUCAAGAAUUAAUUAAAAAGAAUGGUGAAACCCCUCAAAAUUUCAAACCGAUAGUAAUGCCCAAGAAAGUAUUGAAUACUCUUGAUAAAUUAACGGCAUUUUAUCGUGCCCAUCAUGGUAAUGCUCCCAACACUCUUAUAAAUGAUGAUAUUGUUAAUUCAAAUCCUCCUAUUGAUGUAUUUGGUUAUGGAUCAACAUUCAGAAGAGAUAAUAAAACUAGUAAUAUUCGAAAAUCUCAAGCAGAUAAUUCAACAGAUCGUAGAGCUUCAAGUGUGGGUGGAUCUCCUAGAUCGGAUAAAAGUACAAAUAUUCCUAUAAUUCCACGGAACCAAGCUGGAGUUCAAUCAUUUCCUUCCAUGUAUAAUCAAAUUGAUAACAACGGGAACAAUAAUAAUUUGAUGGCACCUCCAUUCCAAACCAAUAACGUAAAUCAAAUGUCAUAUAGACAACCAUCAUUAUCAGGAGCAUUUCCAAAUGUGGCUAAUCUUGCUAAUGCAGAUCAAUUAGAAAAUUCAUUCUUAGCUUUGAAUGAAGAAUUUUGGGUUGAUUUAUUAAGUUCUGAAUCAGAUAGAAUCUAUUUCUCAAAUAAUAAUCAUAAUAAUGGUCAACUGAAUGAUGAGGUUUUCUUUAUGAGUUAG